AUGGAGAGUGCGGUGGAGAGAGAAGCGUGGAAGGCACACGUGGCGAUGGUCGGCGUGCAAUUGUUCAACGGAGGGUACCACGUGAUCACCAAAGUGGCUCUCAACGUCGGUGUGAACCAACUCGUCUUCUGCGUUUUCCGUGAUCUCAUCGCUCUCUCUAUUCUUGCUCCUCUUGCUUAUCUCCGUGACAAACGAACAAGACCUCCUUUGAAUCGACGCUUACUCUUAGCUUUCUUCUUCCUCGGCUUAACUGGGAUAUUUGGCAACCAGCUUUUGUUCCUCAUUGGUCUAAGUUACACCAAUCCCACUUAUGCUGCAGCGAUUCAACCUUCUAUUCCGGUUUUUACUUUCAUCUUGGCUCUCAUCAUGGGAACAGAGAGAUUGAAUUUAUUCAAACUAGAAGGUCAAGCUAAAGUAGUAGGUACGCUGGUUUGUGUGGCUGGUGCGGUGUUGAUGGUUUUGUUUCGUGGACCGGCUUUGUUUGGAGAAACAGAGGCUGAGGUCUUGGGUCAUGGUGAUAUAAGACACCCUGAAGAAUCUGGACACUUCAUGUCUAGCUUUCUCAAUGGACUUGGGAGAUGGAAUUUGGGAGUUUUGUGUUUGAUUGGGAACUGCACUUGCAUGGCUGCUUUUCUUGCUAUUCAGGCUCCGGUGUUAAAGAAGUAUCCAGCUAAUCUUUCAGUCACAGCAUACUCUUACUUCUUUGGGACCAUGUUUAUGGUGACAUCUGCUUUUUUCAUGACCAAUGAGUCCACGAAUUGGAGCCUCACGAGAUCCGAGUUCUUUGCUGUUGUCUACGCAGGAGUUAUCGCGUCUGCUCUCAACUAUGGUCUCUUGACGUGGUCCAAUAAGAUAUUGGGUCCUUCUUUGGUUGCUCUUUAUAAUCCUCUUCAACCUGCAGCCUCAGCCUUCUUGUCCAGAAUCUUCCUUGGAAGCCCUAUCUACUUGGGGAGCAUUUUAGGCGGAUGUGCAAUCAUCGCAGGUCUUUACAGUGUCACAUGGGCGUCUUACAAAGAAAAGAAAGCAGCAGCAGCAACAGGUAUCAUCCCAAUCACCUCAAAGGAAGACGAGCCCUUGAUCUACAGAGACCAUAAAAACAAACCAAUGGGACAUAUAUUCACAAACAUUCCCAUCUCUUCACCCAAAUCCACUGAUUGA